AUGUCCAACAAUUAUUACGAGUCGUUCGCUAAUGCCAUCAUGGAGCAAGCCGCUCAUGAGAAGCGCUCUCAGCCCUGGAAACACACUGUCAAGCCCCAGACGGUGCAUACCAAAGAAGAAUGGUACGAGGUCGCCGGCAGCCAGUCCACUGAGAGUCGUGAUGAGAAGGUCGACGUCCGGAAACAUGCGUUUCCCAUGGGAGAGGUCGAUGUGCGGAAGCAUGCUUUCCCCAUGGGAGAGGUUGAUGUCCGAACGAAUGCUUUUCCCAUGGGAGAAGUUGAUGUCCGAACAAAUGCUUUCCCCAUGGGGGAAAUUGACGUUCGAACGAAUGCUUUCCCCAUGGGUGAGAUUGAUGUCAGAACGAAUGCGUUUCCCAUGGGGGAAAUCGACGUUCGAACGAAUGCUUUUCCUAUGGGGGAGAUAGAUGUUCGCACGAAUGCUUUCCCCAUGGGGGAGGUCAGCGUGCUUACUCACGCUUUCCCCAUGGGCGAGCCUAGCGUUCUGACGAAUGCAUUCCCAAUUUGA